GCCUUUGCUCAUACAAGAAGAAGAAGAAGAAAAGCUUUAUUGACACAACUCCCGUGCACAGGGUACUAGGUUGUCCUUCAGUGCAGCUAACCGGAUAGCUUUCAUUCCAGAUUAUUCUUUUUGUGUUUAGGAUAACAUUAACUCUGGUAAAAAAAGGGAACUGCACCGCUGUGGACCAUGGCAGUAAGGAUGUUGCCCGUGGUGAAAUUGGCCACCAAGAUGACCAUUGCAGGAGGGGCUCUCUACGUUGCCUGUGACUAUGGUUUGUUGGGAAGCAGUGAGCAGGGCUCCAAGGCCCUGGAAAAGGCAAAGGCUGCACUGCCUCCUGCUAUAGAGGAAUGGAUGACGUACUUAGGCCUGGAGGCUCAGCUUCCAACCAUGCCAAAGAUUGAAUUCUCCCCAGUUCAGGCAUGGAACUCUGGAGUGCGGUGGACAGUUGCAGCUCUUUCUGACGCUCCAACAAAAGCAACCGAAUACACAAAUCAGGGUUGGCGUUACCUGAAAGACCUUACUAAGUAAAGAGGAACUCUCCGUGUGUCCUGAGAUUUAUCUUUUUGACUUUUGCACUUGGAGAAAAGAAAAAAAAACAAAAAAAAACUGACUGCUAUUUCAAAAGUUGUAGUCCCUCACAAGAAAAAGCCAAUAUGAAAGAAAACUGUUAGAUGAAAUUCAGCUGCAAGACGUGUACUCUCCCGAAUGGGUACUGGGAUUCACUAAAGGAUAGUGGCAUUAGCUGGGUGUCUGUAAUGCGAUAAAGUGUUUUAAAGAUGUUUUUUCAUUUUGUGUAUACCACAAAUUUGUGUAAGCAAAAUUUUUGCUGCCUUUUUCUGAAACCACCCAAACAAUGUCAUGAAGACGAUGUCUGUUGUGAAAAUUUGGCUAAGUACUACAUAAAUUUUAAAAUGGA